AUGGGCUCGUCGCUUGUGGACGUGGUCGUCGUGCAAGUGGCCCUGGAGGGGCGCGCGGGCGUCAUGGUGAAGCGCUUGUGGGACGUCGCAGCGCAAGGCUUGCCAGCUUGCGGCGUGCCUGCCCUCGACGCGGAGAUUCAGGGGCAGCUGUGGGAUCACCUGGUACAUCGUACACCGGAGGUCGUCUUCUCGUACCACGAGUCGGCCCCAGCGUCUCCCAGGUCCCAUGAGAAGAGCAAGCACACCAGCACGCCCUUCUGGGUCAUGCCCGAAGAGCCGCUCUCGGGCGACGAUCCCGCGCUCGAGAGCUUCGAGGCUGCAGUGGACGCCGGCGUGAAGGUUACAGCACAAUUUCACGUAUGGGAGCUGGCCGCUGGCAUUGGCGUGGAGAAGACCUCGAAGUUUCCCAUCCCGGACAGCCACCUGAAGAUCGUCGAGAUUUUGGCAAGGGCGCGGCAUCAAGGGGCGCUCCAACGGGACGUCGCAAGACUUGUUAACUUGAAGCCAGAAAAUCUCUGGGCGCAGCUGCGCCAGCUGGAGACGCGUGGGCUGCUGGUCAAGUUCCCCAUUGCAGCCGUGAACACAACCCAGGAGUCGAACACGGUUACGACGAACAUUCUCUUCCUUCCGACGUUUGCCCCGCGCAUUCGGGCAGGGAAGGCGCAUCGCUUCAUGCCAGCCUCCGACGGCGGCGAGAAGGUUCAGUACAUUUUGAACGAUCAAGAGGCGCCUUUGCGCGACAUUUGCGAGCUCCUGGAGCGCCACAACGGGGGCCCGGUGCUCGAAAAGACGUUCAAGGCGGAACUUGGGUACGUCAAGGUGGAGGGCAACAGGGCGUGGCGCAGGGUCCGAGAGAAGCUCGUCCGCGACGGAUACAUUGAGCUCGGUUCGGCCCCGAAGCCGACGACGGGGAACAAGCGCAAGGACGACAGUCGGCAGGCCACCAUCAGGCUGCUGCGCCCCUUCGGCCCCGCGGCGGACGAGAGCGACGAGGACGAGACGGGCGGUCGCGGGCCGCGAUACUUCGCCACGCCGGGACUAGAGCGACAGAUGCUCGACGUCAUCGCCGCGGGCGGCGCGCGCGGUGCGUCAGGUCCCGAGGUGUGGCAGACGCUCGGUGUGUCCGGGAAGGCCGCGGCGAAGCGUCUCGUGGCUCCGCUGGCGAGGCUCGGGAUCCAGACCACCGUCGAGACCGUCGGGAGGGGCCGCAUGCAGGUGUUUACGAUGCCUGAGCGCCACCGCAAAGCAGCGGCAACACUGAACCGCGCCUCCGUCCGCGCCGCAAGCCGGGCACUCGUAGGCGCCCCGGCGCACCAGCAGCGUCACGGCAGCGACAUCAUGCAGGUUUCGGACGCCAGUUGCGACGACGAGGCUGCCCCGCCACCAACUCCACCUGAGGAACGCACGCCACCUCGGUCGGCGUCUCCGGCGCACGAUCGCAGCAGCAGCGAUGCCGGCGUGGAGCAUAGGCUGCUGACUGCUGCUCGGCGGGCGGGCGCCGCGCCGGGGCCGGGGCCGGGGCCGGGGCCGGGGCCAACGGCUGCAGCGGGGCGGCGACGGAGCAGGCGUGCGGGCGGCAGGAGGAGCUUCAUGGAGCUGUCGGACGACGAACGGAGCUCUCGAGGCGGGGACACGAGCGAGGACGACUUCACCCCGGGGAAGACGUCGGACGAGUCCGAGGAGUCGGACGUCGAGUCUGACGACCUCGACAGCGAUGGUCCCCCUCGCCGCAAGCGCGGUCGCCCUCCGCGCCAGGCCGGCACUGAGCCCCAUGGCGGCGCUGCGGAGGGAUCGGGGCGGUUCUGGAAGGGGAGCGGCGCCGCACGUCCGGAAGAGUACGUGCAGCGGUACAACGCAGCAGCAGCGUUCCUGCAGACGUGUCCCGACGGAUGGACGUUCCGCGCGGAGCUCAGCCGCGCAGUCGCCGACGCGACGACGGGGGGCAAGAAGGCGCGGCUGGACCGCAAGCUGAUGUUGCGCUUGAUUGACGACCUCGAGCGCGAUGGCCACGCGGUGCAGGCGCACGUGAGGCUGGCGAGCGGCAAGUCGAGCGCCGCGGGCGAGGUGCACGUGGUCGGCGCACCAGGCGCGACAAUGACGGAGGAGAUCCGCAUGCGGCUCGACAAGCGCCUGGCGGACCUGAACUCGCUGGUGCGGAGACAGGGCAUCAAGGCACGGCGGGAGCGCAACCCCCACACGGACGUCGUCAGGCUUGCCGCGCAGGAGCCAGGGACGGGAGGCGAGGACGAAGCCGGUUCCGCUAAGGACACGAUCAUGAUGAAGCUCGCGGAAACGGGGUAUUGUAUGCAGCUAAUGCUGCGGGCAAAGAUGACGCACCUCCAGCUGUGUCAGGCAGCGAGGCUAUGGGCAGGUGGGCAUGCGGACCCGUCUGGAGUGCCAGGUGACGACGCCGCGCCACACGGUGCGGGCGUCGUCGGGGGCCGCAGCCCUGCGCGGCCAGCGCAGCCCAGGAAGGUAACGGGGGGGUUCUCCAUGCCCGGACCGAUGAACAUCGGCGCAGCGAACCCCACCGCGACCAGCCCGGGGAACCGAGCCGCGCAGCCGGCGCGGGGCGUCGCGCAGGAGGAGGAGCUGGGGCCGUACAGAGUGAGCAUCGCAGGACUGAUCAUGCAGAUGAAACUGGGGGAAUUUGCGAGGGUCGUAGGCGUGCAUCCGCACCCGAACCUGGACUUACAGCGUGACUCUGAGGUUGUCGUGUCGGACCUGCCCGUCGACGUCCAGCGCACCAUCCUCUCGGGCAACAACCUGCGGCGCCUGACUCGCGCCAUGGACAUUCUGGAGAGGCUGGGCCUCGUGCGCAGCGCGGCGGUAUCGCGCACUCCUGCGCCGGGCGCCGCGCCCGCCGCCGCGCCCGUGCAGUUCUACGCGCCGUCCACGGAGGGCUGCAUCGACGUCCCCGAGUCGUUCGACGACGAGCACGGCGGCGGGUACCUGGCGCACGCGGCCGUCGGAGCGUCGUCCGCCCCCGGCGUGCGCCGUGCGACCUUCGACCUCCGCGUGGAGGCCCACGUGCACGACUGGUGGAACCUGUUGUACUUCCUUACUCUGUCGGACCCCGUGUUCGCGGCGUCGCACCGCCCGGGCGCAACGGAGCCUGCGGUCACGUCGACGCGGAAGUGGGUGGCCGCGGAUCGCGACGAGGAGGUCGGGGCCUACAGGGAGCUCAUGGAGCGUUUCCACGAGAUGGACCACGCGCCGACGUUUGCCGAGGUGCGGGAGGCCGCGGCGGAGGUCGGCGUGGCACACGAGAAGGCGAUACGGAUCAAGUUCCAGGUGGACAGGGAGAAGCGGCGGAAGAAGAACGGCCGCGUCGACUCGCUCAGGCGCAAAGAGAGCGAGGUGCGUGCCAGCGGCCGCAUCACAAGGCGGCAGCCAGAGGUUGCUGCCUACCAAAGCCUUUUGGGGAAAGCACGGCAGGACGGGGCCGGGCAGGGGGUGCGGGAAGAGGACGACGCCGAAGUGGAGCAGGAGGAGGACGGCGUGGAGGUGGCACGCGCCGAGGGGGGGCGGACGGGGCGGCGCAAGCGCAGCUGGGGGGAGUCGGAAGAUUUGUCCUGGAUGACGUCCCUGGUGCGGUACUACCUGGCGACAGGCGACGUCAAGGACAAGGUUCCAACGCGUCUGAUGACGCCGUCUGAGGAGCAUUUGAAGCACAGCCAGAUUUCCGUGCGCUUGCGUCGCAUCCGCACCGUCGAGGCCUCGUGCCGCGCGUUCCAGGCCCUCCGUACCGCGUGCAUUUGGGGCUUCGUCGAGGCAGUGCCGCAGUCUGUGCACGCGGCCGCAGUGCGCGCCGUGGCGGAGGGACGCGCCCCGGAAGAAUGUGCAGGCAAGGAAUCUGUCGAGGUUCUGCGCGCCCGCCUGACGGAGGCGCCCGUCGAAGAGGCGGCCACGGUGGCGCAGGACAGCGCGUUCCAGGCACGCCUGAAGGUGUGCCGCGAGGCGGUCGAGGCGGUGCUGAGCGGGCCCGUGCUGGCACGGGAGGACGUGCAGGACCAGGACCACAAGCUCCUCGCGAAGCAGGAGCGCUUGCUGGCUGAGGUGGAGAAGGGUCUGCAAAUGCUCACCGCAACGCGACCCCGGCGCGUCGAACGUAUCGCACAGCUCCUCGCGCGGCUGCUGACAGGUGCGCGACGCCAGCGCCGCUGA